AUGAAGAGGAUUAUAAGUGAGAGCAAGCAGAGGUUAUCAAUCACUACGGACAUAUGGGUUGCACCAUAUACUGGAGCAAGUUAUAUGGUGGUAACCGCGCAUUUCAUUGAUGUGAAUUGGAAGAUGAAGAAGAUGAUCAUCGGAUUCAAGAAGUGGGGAAUAAAGAGAGUAUUCUGCAUCACGGUUGAUAAUGCAACGGCUAACAGCUCAGCUAUGCGGAAAUUCAAAGAGAAAUUUAAGCUAGUUGGUGAUGAUGCAAUGGUUCCUAAAGGAGAGUAUCUACAUUUGAGGUGUGCCACUCACAUUUUGAAUUUGAUAGUAAGGGAGGGACUGCAGGAGAUAUAUAGCAGUGUCAGUGCUAUACGGAAUGGUGUGCAUUAUGUGAGGUCUUCAACGAACAAAGUCAAGGCAUUUGACCUUCGGCUGGAAACAAGGAAGGUGACUAGAGGCAGUCUUCCUUUAGAUGUUAAGACCAGGUGGAACUCCACUUAUCUCAUGCUUGAUAAGGCUAUGAAGUUCAGAAUGGCAUUUGAGAAGAUCAAAGAUGAAGACAAACCUUAUAAUGACUACUUCGAGGAAACUGUGGAAGGGGUAAAGAGAGUUGGACCACCAACUUCAUCAGAUUGGGAAGCAGUCGACAGGUUAGUUCAGUUUCUGGUCAUAUUUUACAACUCCACAUUAGUUCUGUCUGCUUCUACUUCUGUGACUGCGCAUAAACUGUACAAUGAGAUUGUCACUAUCACCACCAACAUUAGUGAAAUUAGCACUACUCCAGGGCCUGAUUCGGAAUUGAUGAAGAAAGCAGAUCUUAUGAAUAAGAAGUUAGGAAAGUAUUGGAAUCCCUUUGGUGAAAAAGUUGAAAUGAACAAGCUUAUGAUAGUGGCACCAAUCUUUGAUCCAAGGAAGAAGAUGCGGUUUGCUGAGCUGUGCUUCGAAUCACUUUAUGGGAAAGGAAGUUCAGAGGCUAUCCAUCUCUAUGAUUUAGCCGAGCUUAUCCUGUAG